AUGUCGUCACAGAUCAUACCUCACAACAAGACAGUCGUCCUGUCAACAUACCGCAACCUCUUGCGCGCAACCCGCAUCGCUUUCCAAGGCGACCACGACACACUACACAACUCUCGCAGAUUCGCACGAGACUCGUUCGAUCAGAACCGUGGCGUCAAGGCUGGCAGCAUUGAAGCCGAAAAGGCCGUCGAACAUGCACAAGGAGUGGCUCAGAUCCUGAGGGAAAAUGCUGCUCCCACCUUUGACGACUGA